AUGUCGUCGAUCACAACCGCGAUCCCUACGGGCCUAAUCACCGAAUGGUGUCUAAGCGCGCCGACGCACUUCAACGGCUCGCGGUACGAAUGCGCGGCCACCGAGCCCGGGUGGAAAGCGAGCAACUUCCAGACGUUCUGCUGCGACGGGGACAUCCUCAACACGGCGAAGGACAUCUGGCACGACAUCGGGCGCGGCAAGAACAACUCGAUAGACCUCGCCGACAUGAUCUGCUGCGGGCUGGGCGGCGCGCCCCAGCAGGGCGGCGUGCACCCCCUGCCGACCGCGUACACGGGGUGCUCGGCCGGCGCGCCGACGCCCCUGGCCAGCAUCGCCGGCACCAACACCGACAACGCGGCGCCGUUCCUCGUCACCUACACCAGCGCUAGCUACGGCCAGGGCACCGUCGGCGAUUACAUCCCCACCGAGACCCCGACUUGCUUCUGGGCGUACACCGUCGGCGUCGGCACCACGCAGGUCACGCUGCCGGCGCCGGAUAUCACGACGCUGCCGCCGGAUACGACGGACGAGUUUGGGUUUACGAUUGUCUCGCCGAGCACGACUACGACUACGACGACGACGGGGAGUGCUUCGGAGGUGUUGUCUACUGAGGCCUCGAGCUCGGAGCAGCGAACUACGGCGUCGACGGGGACGGCGGCGCAGAGUAGCGAAGGCCUAAGCGAGCCUACGUCGACGCCUUCGGGUGCGUCGGCUGUUGCGGGUGUAAGGAGGGGGUAUGUGUAUCUUGGUUUAGGUCUCGUAACCGUACGCUUGUUUUGGAACUGA